AUGAACGACGACACAAACGGUGAUAACUUUGGCAGAAGCAGAGUUAUUGACAUUUUAACACCAGAGGGAAAGACACUGAAGAUGCACAUACAAGACAGCACAACGGUAGGAUGUAUAAAGAUUGACUGCGAACUUCUCUGCGGAAUCCCAUCCGAUUUACAACUUGUAAAACUUCAAGACAAGGAGCUGGGCAACGAUGAAACUAUUGACAUUUCGGACGGGUGCACUUUGAGAGUAACCGUUCAACAAUGGUGGCAGAAAUUCAUUUCAGCGUGUUACAAAGGAGACACAAAACAAGUUAGAAAAAGAGCUUUGGUGAAAAUGAGUCAGAUUUCGCGCGAAGAGCGGAACUUCACUGCGGCAUUCAUCGGGGCAGUGAAGGGGAACCACAAUUUAAUGUUUGCAACGUGUGCAGGAAGGAAUAUGAAUCUUCGCACCAAAACUAAAUUGAGUGGUAGAAAUCUUCUCCAUGCUGCAGUGUCCGGCGGGAGCAAAAGCUGCGUAGCGAAUAUUUUCAUGAACGGGGGCAACGCUUUGCUAGAGGCACCGGAUAACACGGGAGAAACGCCAAUAAAAAUGGCGGAGAAAUUAUACGGCGAUUCUGGCGAACUUGUGAACUUUUUAAACGUUUAUCUUGAGCUCCAUCGGCGCGAUGCAAAAUGUUCUGGUUCGUCUAAUAGCUUUUGGGACAACUUCGAGCGAAACAAUGACAGCUCAGGUGGAAUUAGCGCUGAUGAUAAGUUUGAUAAUAGUGAUAAUAGCCGGCCACAAUUUAAUGAAAACAUGGACAGUCAGUUGGGGGAUCUGUCUUCGGACUCUGAAGAACGAACAGAGGAAAAAAAAACGACAAACUACACCGAAACCAGAUUUUGUAAUAACAACUCAGCCACCCCGUUGACGAAAGUAAACAUUGUGGACUAUGACGCCACCGUGGGUCAAAACUCGUCACACGUCAGAUUGGACGGUUUCUCAAACUCUGACAAUGAACAGAUUGGUGCAAACUUCAAAAACGAAGGCUCCAGCGAGCAAUGUUAUAUACCCAAGAGUGAUACGGGAUAUUACAGUGGUAACAAUGAAAGUAUACGAAAAGAUACAACUCAUGUCACGGAGAUGCUUUGGAAUGAGCAUUUGUUUACACAAGCGAACACACCUCUAGUGGGAUCAACAAUAGGCCAUGAACUUAGCUUAGCACACAGUCGUUCAGGAGACGACAAAGAAGUUAAUAGUAUGUCAUUUCUCUCCGCUGACCCAGCCUAUGCUGACUCUAAUGAAUCAGACAGGAGAGCUCAGCCCCGAAAUCAGGGUAUCGAGGAGCAAAGGAGAAAACGGACAACAACGGAGAGGCCGAAUCUAGAAAUGCUUUUGUCGAUGAGUUCCGAAAACAGUGCCUCGCCGGUUCUUUCGGCUAGCCCUGAAAACGAACCACACAAUAGCGAAAGUGUCGUGAACGAGUCACGUGACGAUCAGCAGGCCAACGAAGAAAACAAGAACGAGCCACAAGACAAACAAUGUUGUGCGAACACGGAGAGCGAGGUCGUUAAUGCAAGAAACGACAAAGCUACCUUGCCCACGGCCACAUCUUCUGAAAAGUGCAACAUCGUUACUUCUCAUUCUCCGAAGCCCCUCCGAAGAGCCCAACUGAGAAAAAAGUCUAUCGUGGAGCAGCAGAGGAGGCGUCGAUCCAUGGCUGGAAGACCGAACCUGGAGGAACUUAUCCGAAAACGCGAAGAGGAAUCUGAGCAGGAGAACGCCUCGGAGAUAGGCAAAGAGGAAGGCUCUGGUGCAAUUGAUUCAAACGAGACAGGACCAGUUGCUUUGGUCAUCACGACAGAAGAUUCUAGUAAUCUAAAAUGUAAAGAAAAAUCAAAUGAUGCAGACUUUAAGGAUGAAGGAUUAAUCACAAUAAAAAAUAUGGAGAAAGAAAACACUGGUUAUGAAUCGAAGGAAAAAAUUUUUUCUGCUAUAGACUAUCAAGGAGAGGAGUCUCCUGUUUCAGCCAGGUACGUUCUGCAAAUGUGGCAAAACCAGGCCCUAGAAAAUGCGUCAGGAGACGAAACGGACACAACCUGCUCCCCAAAAACGCCAAGGAGAGCCCUUCUCAGAAAACAGGUGUUCAUGGAACAAAGAAGGAAACGAUCCGCCACCGAAAGACCGAAUCUUAUCAAGCGUCUGGAUUCUCACAAGAAAGAUGACGAUGGAGAUGAAAAACUCGGCCAUGAAGAAAUAGAAAUUAUUCGCCAUGGCAAAGGCCAGGAAAAAACGAAUAAAGACAGCAAAAACAAUGACUUGGUUUUUCCAGUCGACCAAGGAGGAGCUCUCGAGUCAGACUUUUCAUCUGCUAAUUCAGGCGAGAGUGCAUCAACGAAAGAACAAAAUGUGGAAUCUAAGAAAGCACCGACAAACCCACCAUUAACAGGAACAUCACAAAAAAGGGUUCCGAUAAGGGUCACACACAGACGCUCCAAUGUUGGCCAUUUACUGGAAGCUCGUACCAGGAAGGACCUAAGAAGCAACUGGUCAUAUCUUAGUGGUGACGAAUCUGACGUAAGCGAGACCGAACAGAAAGUAGUUGACGAAACGGUGAUGAACAUUAGAACUUCCUCAAAAAUGCAAAGAAGAAGACGCCUACCAAUGGUUCCAAACAAAACUAUGAAACUACCUCUCAUUAAAAUAGAAGACAGUGGCACUUCUACUGGCUCGGACCCAGGGGAUACUCACGUGCCCAAGCGUAGUCAGAUGCACUAUUCUGGGUCUGUGGGUGGUGAUGAGAAAUCAUUCGUUCUGAAUGACAAUUUCAAGGUUCCCUGUCCUUCUGUUGGCCGAUCCCGUUCAGGUUCAAUGUGUAGUGAGGAUUCAGCAUCAUCUGAGGAGAUGCUCGGAGAGAGAAGCAGGCAAGUAAAGUAUUUCGAAUUAACCAUUGUUUAUUGUUAAAAGUAACGAGAGAAAAGAAUGAUAACCCCCAAGGUUACUUACGUUUUACUUUUGGGCUAGGGGAGGAUUAUAGGUUGGUUCCAACACAAAAUAGCGAAAUUUCAGCGAAGUGUCAGAAAGAAAAACGAUUAAACGAGGAAAAACGAAAAAAAGGGGGGGGGGGUUUCACUUCGUUUUUACAGAUAACAACAUGAAACUACAGGCCUGAGGAAGUUAACAUAUUCUAUCAUCUACAAGCUUGAUACAGAAAUGUAUCAAGCUUGUAGUAGGCUUAGAUUAGUUGUGUAAAGCUAAGUGGAGUGGACAUUCUAUGAUUGAUUCUUCAUUAGAAAUAUACCUCAGGAGCCUAUUAUCAAACUCUUUUUUUAGAGGAACGUAUCUUUUGCAGGGCCAAAAGUGAGGGAGAGACUUCUAGUGGUUCUCAGCCAAUUUCAAUUUCCUUCGUCAAAAACCUUCCGGUCAGUCAGAGAAGACAAAGUGUUCCAGACACCACGUUUGCUCCGACACAGCACAUUAACCCAACCAGGACAAGAAGGUGUUCUGUUCAAGUAGAAGAUCUUGACGAACAAGGGUAAGACGCUAAUUAUUCAAACAACCUCAAAGUUAUUCUUGGCACUCGGCUAGCGUAUUCGCGCAAAAUCAUGCAUAACGCGCUCCUUAAUAAAAUGAAAGUAGAGGAUCUCCGUAAGAGAGAGAUAAUCCACAAGAGAAACUCAACAUUUUUUGACAGUCCCCAUGUUAGCUAGUAUUUUCUCUGUGGGAAGGAGUCUGAUGUCAUAAUAAAAAUUAUAUCACCUAUUUAUUUUGAUCAUUGACCUCUCAAUUCAUUCACUGUAAAAUCAUAUCUCUUGUUUUGUUUCAGCUAUCAAAUAAGCCCGCAACUUCGCGCGAGACUAAAAAUGCGCGAACGCCCUCGUGAAAAUUUACCAUGGAACGAAUGGAGGGCAGGCAGGAGGCGGUCUAGUUCCUUACAAGACGCUAACAAGGAUGAAAACUUAGGGCAGGAAAACACAAAUCAAGGAGAACUUCAUAAAGACGAGCUGAGCGACAAACGCGCCGACAUACGUGGUGAGACGCGCGAAGAAACACGCGUAGCGUGGAACGAAAAAAGGCGACCGGAGUCUGCUAGGUAUGGGACGCACUGCCGAAUGACGUUCACUGAAUGGCUCAAUAACAAAGAAGCGUUAGAUAGGUCUAGACCAACCUCCGCGCAGAGAAGAAAUGAGCAUGCAAAAGACGAUACUAAUCACCAGAGUCAGACAGCGAAAGCGUACAAGGAAUGGCUGCGGAAGAAAGACCAAGAGGCUUUGGAGAAAGAGGAGAUGCUGGGAAGGAAAGGGAAGAAAAAAGUUCAUAGGACAUAUCAUAGAAAGUGA